ACUACUACUACUACUACUACCGCCCGCAAAACCCUAACUUGUCUCAUCCCCAAAACCUCACUCUGAAACACACAAAGAAACCUUCCUUGGUUUCUUCCAUACCCACAUUCAUGGCGGAACUCAACCACCACCAAGAACCCACAUUCCCCUCCAAGCGCCACCCCGUUCCUGAUCCCCAAGAACAACCCCCCACCAAAGCCCCAAAGCUCGCCGCAACCCCAGAACCUAACCCUGAUUCAAACGACAACAACAACAACCACCCUGCAGUUUCCGCCACCGAUGAUUGUUCUUCCCAGCCCAAAGAAGCUGCCAAUGACGACAAUGAGCCUGACAACGACGUCCAAUUUGAGGGGGAGGAGGAGGAGGAUGAUGAGGAAGACAAGGAGGAAGAGGACGAUGAGGAUGAUGAUUCGAAUGGCGAGGCUGAGGUGGACCGGAAGGGAAAAGGGAUUUUGCGUGAUGACAAGGGUAAAGGGAAAAUGAUUGAAGAGGAAGAGGAUGAUGACGAUGAUGAUGACAGUGAUGAUGAUGAUGAUGAUGGUGUUGAUUCCGGUGGUGAUGACAGUGAUUUUUCUGAUGAUCCUCUGGCUGAAGUGGAUUUGAAUAACAUUCUUCCCUCGAGGACUAGGCGGCGAGCGGCUCAACCCGGUGUGCGCAUUGCUAGGGACCCAGCAGCCAAUGUUGGCGGCGGUGAUAGCGAUGCUUGAAACGAAGGUCUGCCAUCCCGACCACCUGUGGACUGUGUGCUGCUGAAGGUUAAAGUUUGUGAAAAAGAGGAGGGCUGUGCUAUCAGGACUGUCCAUUGUUGGAGGGAUGCUAAUGUAUUGUCUCACAAAGUGAUUUACUUUUUCUUCCUUUUGCUACUUAUUUUUCUGGGCUUAUCCCGUUCAUGUAAAGACUAGAAAGCCUUUCUUUGCUCCCAAGGUUUGGCCAGGAGGAUUUGCUCAAGUUUAUGGAAAUUUAUUGAUAUCUUAA